UUGCUAUUUGACAGCUCGUCUGUUCUGUUCCUGCGCAUUACCAUUACAGACUGUCCGACACAGACGGAGGGAGACGCAUUUUCUCUUGCGCUGACAGCACUGGAUGUUAUAAAUGUGUGAUUUUUACUAUGCUAAAUGUUCACAAAAGGGGGGCAUGUACCAAUCAACUCCGGUCUGAUCGAUGAAGAUGUGAGGAAUACCGACUGGGUCUGAAGAUUGGUGUUGAGAUGAGGAAGACAUGAUGUAGCCAUGGAGCUGUGCAUCUGUAGUUAGCGUUAACAGGGCUCACCGUAAAGACAGCGCUUCUCAUCCAAUCGAGUUCCAACCUUCGUGAGUCAAGAUUUUCAACCCUUCUUAAAAAUGAGACUAAAGUGAUCAGUGAUUAGGGAGAUGACGACUUUCCAGGACGUGAGCUGGCUGGUUCAGGUGGCGCUCUUCUGCGCCUCUGUUCUGGUCGUACUAGCCUGGCUCAUUCAGUUCUUGCUGGCCUUGCUGCGCCCUAGGUGGUGCGCCAUAGUCCAGGGCAAGAGGGAGACCCCCUGGCAGCUGCCUCUGAGUCUCACCCACCAGACCCUGACAGGUGGCGUAUGGGGUUCCCUCUUGAGACUGAGGCUGGGGCGAGAUGGGGCAGGGAGUGACACAGAGGCGGGUGUCAAAGGUCUUUUGUCUUCGCUCUUUGCAUUCAAGUCGUUCAGGGAGCACUGGCAGAGAGCCUGGGUGCGAGCACUCAACGAACAGGCCUGUAGGCAAGGGAGCUCCAUUCAAAUCACCUUUGAUGACAGUCUUCAACUCCCAAACUCUGCGUCCAUUGACCAUGUGACUCGCACUGACCAAUCAGCACGCAGUAUGGUCCUUCAGUGCAAUUGCUCGGUUGACACUGUAACAUUCCCGGUGACAGUCACUCAGCAGUCACCUGCAGCUGUUUCCAUGGAUACCUACCAGAUCACAAUGCAACCAAUGCUGGCUCAGUUACAGGUCUGCCUUGAGGAAGUGGAGGAAGAGGGUCUCCUUGUGUCCUGGACUUUUUCCAAGCAGCCUCAGCUGUCUCUAACUGUAACUCCAUGCCAAAGAGUCCAGAAAGAGGGCUCUGAUGUAGAGGUGGACAGUAAUAUGAUUGCUGCGCUGGUAGAGGACACACUGUACACAACACACCCUGCGAUGAUCCUCAACCUGAGAGCCUGUGUAUCAAGUCCUGCGUUUCCACGGGAGAAGCAGAUUGGUGGUCUGAACUCUCCAUCUCAGAGCAUGCCUGUCAGACGGAUUCUGGUACAGCAACUCAGAGCAACAAAUGUCAAAAAAGGAUUACAGACUCAUGCAGGAGAGCUUUGUUGUGUUCUGAGUCUGGACACUCCCUCCAUUGAACGAAGAACAGGCUUCCUUACUCCUUCCCCUAGUCCUGGAGCAGCCCUGCACUGGACUGAAGAAUUUAUACUGGAUUUAGGACCAGAAACCAAAGAACUCAAAGUAAGGCUUGUGGAGAGAAACGGCACAGAAGAGCAGUUUUUACCUGGUUGUGCUUCCUUACCACUGGAUCUCUCUAAAAGAAUUCCCAACGGACUACAGAAGCUGCCCAUCGCUCCAGGUCACGGUCUUGCGCCAACUGCAAUUGUAACACUAGAGCUGUUGUAUUUGGAGUCCAGUGAUUUGCUUGCAUGUGAAAAUGCAGCUCCUCUGCGGUCUUCAGUCACUCCCUCAAAGAAAGUGGAUGUGGACCGUGCUAUCAUGCCCGAUGGCACUAUUGUCACCACGGUUACCACCAUCCAGUCUCGACUAAAACUGGACCGUAAACCAGGAGACUCUCCGUCUAGGUCUCCCUCAAAGGUGGAGGUGACUGAAAAAACUCCCGCUGUGCUCACUACCAGCUUGCAGAGCACAAAUCCCAGCCCAACACCCAGCAGCACCCUCCCUAAUGGGCUGGACCCCAUAGCCGAAACAGCCAUCCGGCAACUGACCGAGUCAGCCAGCAAGGCACCCAAGAAGACACCUACGAAACGCAGCACUCUCAUCAUAUCUGGGGUGUCAAAGAUCCCCAUUACUGAGGAUGACUCCUUAUCACUGGGCUAUGCUGCAGCCAUGGACGCAGCCCUACAGGGGGCGCAUUCUCCCAGCGGAGCCUCGAACCACCAUGGAGCUUCUGCGAAUCAGGAAACAGACGAGACCACUCCGUCUGAUGUGUCAGAGCGGCCCUCUGUGGAUGACGUGGAGUCAGAGACAGGAUCGACCGAAGGGCUAGAGACACGCAGCCUCAAAGACCACAAAGUGGGAUUCCUUCGCAGUGGUACCAAGCUACUGUUCCGCAGAAAACACAGAGAGAAAGACCCCAGUUUUAGUCAGUCCCAUGAAGAUGUCUCCAACCUGGGCAAUGACUCCUCCACAGCCUCCUGCUCCUCCACCAGCCGUAAAAAGUCUGGAAGCUUCUCUCGUCGCCUCAUCAAACGCUUCUCGUUCCGUUCAUCCAAGACAAAGGGCAAAUCUAGCACUGCCAAUGGAGGAGCCAGUGCUGCAGACAACUAAAGAGAGAAACUGAGAGAGACGUGGUGCGGGCACCAGUCAAAUGAGUGUAGAAUUGGCUCCAGAAUGAGUUAUUUAUCUUAUAAACUGAUUGUCCACCAGUCGGGGGUAACAUCAUACUUCAGACCACAUUAUUCCCAGCCAGCCAGCCCUUGGUGUCCUCUGCCUGGAACAUCAUCCCUCAAAUAUGGCCACAGCUUUGCAGGAUGAAAAAAAAUCAACUAUCUAUGGAAAAUAUAAGGAUUUGCUGGUCUAAUUAAAUUUAGAUAAGGCUGCUAUUGUGGAUGAACAAAUGUGCGAAUAAACUAGAGAAACUAUGGAUGAGGGUGUCGUGCGGUGACGGUUAUCGAGCACAAGGCGGCGACACAGACCAAUGACUAUAAAUGCCUCCAACGCUGUUGAUAUGUGUCGUUUUUCUUAUUUAUUUUGUUUCAUCAGUUGCACUUUGGAUCUUGAGCUGAUUGUUUACAAUGCUGGGGAGCUCUUAAUUCGUCGUUUUUAUCAUGUUUGUGUAUCGUUUACUUUUUUCGGCACUGAUUUAUGUCUCAUGAGCACAUUAGGAGUAUUUCAAGGGUGAUAUGAUACUAUAUGACAUGCCUUGAGCUUUGUUCUCGUUUUGCUGUUGCUAUAGCAUUUUAGAUCAAGAGAUAUUGUUCCCUGUUUUCAAAUAGUGGUACGUUUGACUUUCAUGUGGCUUAAUAAUCUUUUCUUUUUUUUUUUAAUUAAUGUUUCUAUUGGUUUAAAAAAAAAAAAAAAAACAAAAACUCAUAACUGUAGGCAAAUCGCACUAAAUUAUGUUUGUGUGUUUUUGUUGUAAAGUAAAAGCCCUUCAUAUGAGAAAAGGGAAUCGCCACAGGAAAACUACAUUUGUGUAUAUUUAUAAAAUAUUCCACAAAUCAUUGUAAAUUAACAAUUUCUUGGACCACAUCAGGCUGACUUUGCAGUGGAAAGUGUUAUUUUCUAGGGUGCACGUGAAAACAAUUAAAGCUCAGGGGAUACUAUAAAAGGUGAUCAAUAACGUUUAAUCACUUUAUUUUUACAGAUAUCACUUCUUGAACGAAACCUGCGUUUUCCCACUAAUAUACUUCCCCGUUUCCUCCUGUUUUCAUUUAGUUGCAAAUAACGUAUCCAGAGGGAACGGGAAUCCUCGCGCGUUUUAUUUAAGCAUAAGUAUGAUUUUAGUCGUAGGAACAUCACAUAUUUGUUUUUAUUAUAAUAUGGAGCUUGACGUUUUACAGUUGUAUGUUUAUGUAAACUACUAAGGAAACGUUUCCGGGUCUCUGCCCCAUUCCACAAGACCCCUUGCAAUAUUUCAGCAUAUCGUUUAAUCAAAACUUUUUGACGUUUCUGAGCUCUGAAGUUAAUAACUACAGGGAAACACAUCUGGAAUAGAAUUGCUUUAUGGUUUUUCUCGCAGUUUACACAUCAAUGGCAAAGCCCUUGUUUGCUGGAACUCCUUGAACACAUUGAGCCUGAGAGAACUAAUAAAGCUUGAAUUAUGUUAUAAUAUGACCAGAAUGCGAUAAAAGCGAACAGCCUGAAACGGAGGAAGUGGACUUCCCAAGGUAUACGGAGCUUUAUAUUAUUGUGGUCAAUUUGAUGUUUAAUUUAUUCAGAAUAAAUUAUUUUUUAAAAAUUAAUUACGCUUUUUUUUCUAUCCAUUAUUAUUAUUAUUUUUACCCAGACCAGAUAUCAGAUCGAAGAUCAGUUAUAUUUAUAUUUCGUUUUUGCAGAGAAAGCACAUUUGUGAACAAUGGGGAUCUGGCAAGUAUCCCGAAAAGAUACUUUGCAAGUUUUUAUAACUGCUGUUAUAUAAUUGAAAAUGUAUUCAUCGACAAGUUGCCGUAAUGUACCUUUUUAAUCGAGAACAAAAAUACAAAUAAUAUAAAGAGACAACAUAAGAGAGUAAACGAAAAGGAUCUGAAUUUUAUUCUAUGAAUGGUUUAUCAAUCAUUCAUGAUAUUCUUCUUCUUUAGGUUUUAUGGCGGGUUGCGAACCAACUUAAUAGGUGCAUACCGCCACCUUCUGUGACGGAGUGUGAAGAUAAUGAAAUCUGUAUUUCUUCCUAUUCCCUAUAUCCUAUAUUUUAAUCCACUGCUCCUAGUAAAUCUCAUUAUUGCAUUCAUUUGUUUCCCCGCAUUUGGACCAUCAUUUAAGAUAUUACUUAUUAUGAAUUCUUGACUUCAUACGGUUUGUAAUUCUUCCUCGAGACUCCUCCUUUCUCUUUCAUAUGCAGGACAUUCCAUCAACACAUGCUCUGCUGUCUCCUCUAUUGCACAAACCUCACAUAAACCUGUAUUAUGUUUCCCUAUGAUGUGUAAUGUAUAGUUAAGAUUUGAAUGUCCUGUUCUUAGAUAUGUGAAAAUAACCUGUUCCAAUCUACUUAUGUCGUGAAUGUUUUUCCUUUUUUUUUAAUGCUCCUUUGUACCUUCUGAUAAUGUCUUCCUGUUUGACAUGGAUCCCAAUAAGUAUGCCAUUUCCUAUUGCAUGCUUUCAAUACCAAAUGUUUCCCUUCUGAUCUGCUAAGUGAAAUAUUUAUACUUGGUUCAUCCAUCCUUAAUGAUUCUUUAGCCAUUUUGUCUGCUUCUUGCCUUGAAUUCCCACAUGUGCUGGUACCCACAUGAAAUGAAUUAAUAUUCCUAUCUGUUUUAGACUGUAUAAUGUAAUCAUGAUUUCUAUUAAAAUGUCACUUCUAUUUGUUUGAUUUGAUUGGAAACUCAUAAGAACCGCCAUUGAGUCAGAACAUAUUAUUACUUUAUCUGCUCUUACUUCAUAAAUCCAACCUAGUGCCAUUAAGAUUGCUAUCAUCUCUGCAGACAGAUGUACCAUCUGUUGUUCUUCCAAACUUCCUUACUACAAACUCUGGAACAUAAAAAGCUGCCCCUGUCCUUCCGGUUUCUUGGUUCUUUGAGCCAUCUGUAUAUACAUACUUUUAUAUAUUCUUUUACAUAUGUUUUUGUAUUAACUCCAUUCCUUUUUUCCUUAAUUCUUUCAUGUAGCUUUAAAUCAAUUUAAGGUUGUGUGAAUAACCAAGGUGGUGUCAGAGGUAUUGCAACUAUUGGAUCAAAUGACUUUGUAUCUAGACCAUUUAGCCCAUUUCUUUAUUUUCCAUGCAAAGCCUUUACCUGGUGUAUUUAUUGUUUCCCAACUUUCAGCAAGUACUCCCCUUACUGGAUGAUCACUGUUUUGUCCCUGAAGAUUAAUCCAGUAAUAAUGCCAUAGCUAGUUUCUCUCUUCUUAUAUACAGUGGCAUUUCUGAUGUUUCCACCUGUAAUGCUGAAAUUGGUGUAGUUUUAAUUGCUCCUAAAAUGAGUCUUAAUGCUUUAGCUUGCAUGAUAUUUAGUUUCUUUAGCAUAGUUGCAGGUGCAGAUUCAUAUACAAUACAACAAUAGUCUAGUACUGAUCGCAUAAAUCCAACAUAUAUACCCUUUAAUGAUUGUUUGUCUGCACCCCAGUCUUGUCCUGCAAACCCUCUCAUUAAGUUUAAUACUUUACUACAUUUCUUUAUAAUAUAAUCUAUGUGAUCUUUCCAAGCUAACUUUUCAUCAAACCACAUUCCCAGAUAUUUAAACUUAGAUACUUUUUCUAACGAUGUCCCAUAUAAUUUAAGUGGUUUGUUCUCUUUAAUUUUCUUUGUAAAUAUCUGAUAACAUGUUUUGGAUAUUGAAAAUUUGAACCCACAUUCUAGAGACCAUUUUUCAACUAUCCCUAUUGCUUCUUGAAUUAUUUCCAUAUUAAAGGAUAUAUUCCUCCCUCUUUUCCACAUUAUUCCAUCAUCCGCAUAUAAAGCCGUGUUAAUUCCUGGUGACACUCCUUCAAAUAUGUCAUUAAUCAUAAUAUUAAAAAAUAUUGGGCUUAUCACACUUCCCUGAGGUGUUCCGUUCUCCACUCUUACAGUUUGAGACAAUUCAUUACUUAUUGAACUUGGAUUGUUCUAUCAAAUAAAAAACUUAAAACCCAAUUAUAGAUUCUUCCCUCUAUUCCAAUUUUAAUAAUAAACAUUCUUCCCACA